AUGAACGGACACUUCGAGGUUCUUAUCUUCAACCAAUGUCUUGGUUCUGGCGCUGAAGAAACUAUCACUAAGAUCGUUUGCAUGCUUCUUUCUGGAAUUCGAACUUUUGCUGCUGCUGGCAUUGCUGUGGAUCUGAUUGAAGGCCUCUACGGUUCUGUCAUUGAGCUUAAUUAUGCUAUCUGGUUUGAAUACAAAACUGAAAGAGAGAAAAUGGAUGAAAUGGACUUUAUAACUCUGUGUUCUUCUUCCAAAGAGGUGAAAGGGAAGACAAACAAGGAAAGUAUUAUUCAUACUAUACAGCGGAAAUUAAAGAAUGCUUCUGAAGAGAAAUGCAAUAAUAAAUCUGGAAGAUCAAGGAAACAUCGUGAUGAUGCUAUCUCUAAAAAGGGAUCUAGAUCUCUUGCACCUUCAAGAUCACCAUCACCCUCUACACAUGUAUCCCGAUGUCAAAGUUUUGCAGAAAGGCCCCUUUCUCAACCACUCCCAUUACCAGGGUCACGUCAUUCAAGUGCCAUUGAUGCAAAUUCUGGGGUUAUUUUAACAUCAAAACUAGAAAGAGCCAUAAACUCAACAAAGCCAUCUCUAUAUUUACCCCUUCCAAUACCUGGUUUUGUUUCAAACAAGGAAGAUGCUACUGAUAUGGAAGGAGAUAUAGCCACUGCAUCUGUUUCUAGUGACAGCUCAAUUGAUAGUGGCAACUCAUUUGAUUCGCCACAUCUUGCUAGUCCUCUGGCAUCUGAUUGUGAAAAUGGAAACCGAGCCACCAUUAAUAGUUCUUUCAGUAUGGUGCACAAGAAUCAACCUCUUAUUGCUAUCCAAAGAAACUCAAGAGCAUUCUCAAAACCAGCUCCUCAGCUGUGCAAUAAUAAGCCAUUGUCUACCUCACCAAGAGGGGUUCGUUUACAUCUGCCAAAUCUGCAAGUAGCUCGCCCAGGUGGUUUGUGUAGUGCUCCAGAUAGUUCAAUGUCAAGUCCUAGAAAUCCAAUGGGAGCAUUUGGCCCUGAACAAAUAUUGAACUCUGAAUUACAUACAAGAAAGCCUUAUCCAGAUAUAGCUUAUGGGCACUCAUAUAGUGUGGUUUCUGGCCGUAAUUCUGGUCAUAAUUCAGUUGGGGGGGAUCUUUUAGGACAGAUGAUUUUGCAGCAAAACAGGUGUAGCCCGGAGUGUUCUCCAAUACCUAGUCCCAGAAUUACAAGCCCUGGUCCCAGUUCCAGGAUACAGAGUGGUACUGUAACCCCUCUGCAUCCUAAAGCCGGAGGAACUGCAGCAGAAGGACCUACAAGACGCCCCGAUGAUGUGAAACAAAAAAAUCAUCAGUUACCACUUCCUCCAAUAACAGUCACUAAGCCGGGUCCAUUUUCUCCAACCUAUUCUGCAUCAACAACUCCUGCUCCUCGAAGUCCCCCUGGAUCAGAAAACUCAAUAAACCCAGGUUCACGUUGGAAAAAGGGGCAGUUGCUUGGAAGGGGAACAUUUGGACAUGUAUAUCUUGGUUUUAACAGCACUGAUCCUGUGUCAAAAUUGAUAUUUGUUGUUGUUCAUGCUUUUAGUGAAAGUGGAGAGAUGUGUGCGAUGAAGGAGGUAACCCUUUUUUCAGAUGAUGCUAAAUCUAGGGAAAGUGCACAACAACUUGGCCAAGAAAUUGCAAUGCUUAGUCGGUUGCGGCAUCCAAAUAUUGUGCAGUAUUAUGGAUCUGAGACGGUCGAUGACAGACUUUAUGUAUAUUUGGAGUAUGUCUCCGGUGGGUCAAUCUAUAAGCUGGUUAAAGAAUAUGGCCAGUUAGGUGAAAUUGCUAUUCGAAAUUAUACUCGUCAAAUUUUGUUAGGACUUGCAUAUUUGCACGCCAAGAACACUGUUCACAGGGACAUCAAAGGAGCAAACAUAUUGGUGGAUCCUAAUGGGCGGAUAAAAUUGGCAGAUUUUGGGAUGGCAAAGCAUAUAAGUGGGCCAUCUUGUCCAUUUUCUUUCAAAGGAAGUCCUUAUUGGAUGGCGCCUGAGGUCAGGAUGAUUUCUGCAUUCACUUAA